AUGUUCGCGAUGAACAAACUCUUUUGUUCGGCAGCCUGCAUAGGUGGAUUUUCUUUGGGAUGCGGUCUCGGUUGGAGCGCGCCCUGCGUCGAAAUACUAAAGAGCGACAAGUACAACAUGGACGAUUUCUCGACGGACGUGAUCGCUUCGGUGUUUCCGGUAGGCGCGGCCCUCGGCACGCUCGUCGUGCCCCUGCUGAUCGACAGGAUCGGCCGGAAGUGGACGAUGAUGGUCUUGGUUCCGGCUUUCGUCGGCGGCUGGAUCUUUCUCAUCUGCGCGGGCUCGUUGGUACCGCUCUUCGUUAUGGGAAGAAUAGUGACUGGCGCCUGCGGCGGCAUGUUCUGCGUCCUGGCGCCCAUGUACUCCGCAGAGAUCUCCGAGAAACAGAUCAGAGGAACGACGGGUGUCUUCUUCCAGUUGUUGCUCGUGCUCGGUAUACUAUACGCGUACUGCACCGGUUUCACGCGAAACGUGGUCGCGAUAUCCAGCCUCUGUUGCAUCGCGCCGAUCGUGUUCGGCAUUACGAUGAUCUUUAUGCCGGAAAGCCCGUUGUUCUACUUGACCAAAAAUAAGGAGGAAGAAGCGCGAAAGUCCAUGAAAUUCUUUCGCGGCCCAGAUUUCGAUAUCGAACCGGAGAUGGAGGCGUUUAAGAAACAAGUGGAAAGAAGCAGGCUCCAAAGAUUAAAUUUCUCGGCCUUCACGAACACGCCUGUGUUGAAGACGUUGGCCGUGGCCUACGGUUUGAUGUUUGCCCAGCAAUUCAGCGGCAUUAACGCCAUGAUAUUCUACGGUGUGACAAUUCUCGAGUCGACGGGCGUUGGCAUGGAGUCGUUAAUCGAACUCGUCAUUUUCGGCGUCGUCCAGGUGGUAGCUUGUGCGGCGGCGGCGCUUUUGAUUGACCAGCUGGGACGUAAGGUACUCAUGGUAAUCUCAGAGGCGGUAAUGUGUGUUUGCCUAUCGGCCCUGGCGAGUUUCUUCAUUCUGAAGAGCUUUGAUCCGGAGCGGGCAGAUCAUAUGCAUUGGCUACCACUCACGUCGGUGUGCGUCUACAUACUUGCCUUUUGCUUCGGAGCUGGUCCAAUUCCCUGGGCUUACAUGGGCGAGAUUUUCCCUACGCGUUUGAAGGGCGCAUCGUCAUCCAGCGCGGCUUUCUUCAAUUGGUUGCUGGCCUUUAUAGUAACAAUAUCUUUUCCAAGCGCAGUUGACGCGCUUGGUAGUGCCAUGGUGCUUUUUUUCUUCGCCCUGGUGUGCGCUCUGAGCGUAUUCUUCGUCAUCUUCUGCAUGGUCGAGACCAAAGGCAAAACCUUUACGGAAAUUCAACAAGAAUAUGGGACACUUGAGCUCGAGCAAAAUGAAGAAUUUUUGGGAUAGGAUGAAGAAUUUCUUCGAAAUGAAGUAAAAUAAUCCCUCUUCCACGAAACAGCAGAAGAAUUUUAUGAAAGAUGAAUAAGGAUAAGAUGACGCGAAAUUGAUCAUGUUUAUUUCGACACACAAUUUGAUUCAAUAUUAUGCACUUUGAGGCUAUCAUU